CGCGGUGGGACGGGACACGGAGGCUAAGGUUGGGAAACUGUCCGCUGGGCAGCCCAGGGCCGGUUCGAGGAGCCAUGUCCUCCUCGUCUGUGGCGGCGGCUGGCGGGGCGGCCCUACGCCGCGAUGGCAAGAAGCUGGUGCGCUCGCCCAGCGGGUUGCGCAUGGUCCCCGAGCACCAGGCCUUCAGCAGCCCCUUUGGCCUCGACGAGCCGCAGUGGGUCCCGGACAAGGAGUGUCCAAGAUGUAUGCAGUGUGACAUCAAGUUUGACUUCAUAACCAGAAAGCACCACUGUCGCCGCUGUGGGAAGUGCUUCUGUGAUAAAUGCUGCAGCAAGAAAGUACCCUUACCUCGGAUGUGUUUUGUGGACCCUGUACGGCAGUGCGCAGAGUGUGUGCUCGUGUCUCAGAAAGAAACGGAGUUUUAUGACAAGCAGCUCAAAGUGCUCAUGAAUGGAGCCACUUUCUGUGUAACACUAGGAACAUCAGAAAAUUCAGAAUUGAUGGUUUGUCGCCUGUCUAAUAAUCAGAGGUACCUGUUUUUGGAUGGAGAUAGCCAUUAUGAAAUUGAAAUUGCUCACAUUUCAACUGUCCAGAUACUAACUGAGGGAUUUACUCCUGGAGGAGGCAAUGCUCGAGCCACUGGUAUGCUUCUCCAGUACAAGGAGCCGGGGGCUCAGGAUGUGACCCAGAUGAAGUUCACUGCCAGCGAAGACUCUAACUCUAACAAGAAGCAGUCAGCCACCUGGUUAGCAGCCAUGCAUAAGGCAGCCAAACUCCUCUAUGAAUCCCGGGACCAAUGAUCAUGGAAGUGUUUGAGAAGCUCUGUGAAGCUUCCUAUAGGUUCACAGCUGAUUAAUUCUGUAAGUGCUGGGAAAUGCAAUCAAAGUGUUUGGAAGAACCUAAGUGUUCAUUGAUCUAGUGCAAUAUGUAUACAGUUUAUUAAUGCUUUAAAUGCAGCUUCACAUUUGACUUUGUAUACUUUAUCUCAUUGGUACUUAUUAUGGGCUGAAGGAGAAUCUGACCCAUACUACUGUUAAACUAUCAGGUAUUUUUAGCAUAAUCUCUACAGUGUUUAUAUAAUAAUAUACUGGGUUUCCUAUAGAGUACUUACUAGUAGGUCAUUUCAGUGUCCUUUUUUGCAUUCUUAUGGGAGUAAAUCACUCAGGAUUUUUGCUUUAUAUUUGGAGGUGAAACAUCCUGAUGUUGAGCUAUUCAUUGCCAAUAAAACCUGCCUUAGAUUGUUUUGUACAAUGUUCUUUUAUGAUGUCACUAAUUGGACCUAAACAAACUUUUGAUACUUACUGAGAGGAAAGUUUGUAGCUUUUGUGGUCCAGGUUUUAUACUUUUCACUUAUUAAGAUGAUUGUACAGUAAUUUGUGCAUAAAACAUGAUUAAAAACUAUUUUGAAAAAUUCA